AUGUUGCAAAUCGAACGUCAAUCGACCGCUACGGAAACAAACGCGUUUGGCGGUCGUUUGAAGGACCUGCCGUAUGAUGGUGGUUCUAUUUGUCACACCGGCAUCAUCGCACGGUGCCAGUGUAUAUAUGCACGCAAGGAAUCACACGGGAAAUCUUCGAAAACUCGAGAAGAGUUCGAGGAGAUGGACACAUUUGACGAAUCGCACACGUUUCUUUACCAACGAAAUUCUCGCAUGCAUGUACAAUUUCUAUUACGUAACCCUUUAUCGGUCACUGGAAAAAUGACGGUUGCUGGCAUGCGAAAACCACCUGAUCGAAUCAAAGAUCGCCAAGAAGUUUGUGCAAGGGUGCGUAGUUCGGUGAGGAAAAAAUCGACGCACCAAGAGAGCGAAGGCGCCGAAAGGCUGUUCCGCGAAGGUGGGGGUGAAGAAAAAAUUUUUGGAAUUCCCCAACGUCCAACGAUCACCGUUUAG